AUGCAGAGACGGCAGCCGUCGAAAAGAACAGUGAACUCCGUACACACUUCCUAUUCCAGCCGGCGUAAAAUAACGAAAGUGAUCGCACGCAUUUUACCAAUAAAGUGCCACGGUCCAAUGUAUGUACAGCUCACCUCUCGCACUCGGUGGUCAGCAGUGUUCCAGCAAGUAGCUCGCAUGCCACACCAUUGUGUGUUGUUACGGUCUAUCUGGAAAAUUUCUACUUGUUUUGGAAGCGAAUGCGUUAGCGGUGUCCGAAUUUCAAUGAUUUCAGAUUUCUGCAGCGGUUGGCUUGGCCACAGUACUCAUGGGAGGAGGAAUUUUCUUUCAAGGCGACAACCAGGAGGAGUGGAGACCGGGGUCUCCUCUCGUCGUCCGCUACGUGUGACCAGAGACUCUAUCGUCACCUCCCGGUCCUUGAGCCUCUCUCUCCGACCACGGACACUCUCACCUACCGCCCGAGUGACAGAAGGCUUCAACAGGUAUCUUUCGCCUUUUAAUCGAUACCGUUUUCCUUCUCUUCGAUUUCGGAGCCUUCGGCGGUACGAACAUCUAAACGAGGUGCAGCCCCGACGCAUCUGUCGCCUCGCGGGACAUUGUCAAUGUGCUCCAAGGUCGCAUGCCGCUGCCUUAACCACGCUUUCUGUCCCCUUCAAAGUCGGUCGAAUCCCUUCGCCUUCGACGCCGGUUUUUGCCGCUGCGUUCCCACUCCUUCCUGGAUCUGCAUGCGACGCCGACGGAGUCCUGGCGCUGACGCCAACGCAGGCUGUCCAAACACAGUGGAAACCUGGUGCAUUUCUAUCCCCGCCCUCCCUGACAGUUAAGACGUUUCUACCUAACCGGGGUUGCCGUGCAUGCGACUUUCCACUUUUUCAAUCGGGAUCCCUCAGGAGUUCCCGAACGUUUGUCGCGGAAACUGUCAGGCCUUUUGAGUCAAGAUGCAGUUUCUUUAACGUGAGGCAUCCUGCCUUCCUCACCCCUCCAGCUCUUCCACUCUUGGUCGUCAGCCGCACACGAUGGUCACGUUCAAAGCAUUUGUCCUCUGUCCUCCGCCGCGUGCUUUCAACCCCCUCAAAGCAGGGAAGCGGUUGGUGUCUCGGUCAGGACGAGAAUCGGUUGAAGCUCCUCGCUUGUCACCAAGGACGGGUCGAACACAGUCCACUGUGGGCGUUCCGCGCUUCGUCUUUUUCGGAGAACUCUCGCCCGAGUGCUGGGAAACGGAGUUCGUGCAGAGAGCGAGAGCACAGAGAACCUGAGAUCGAAGCAAGGCCUCUUCCCUCUGUCUUGGAAUUGAGACACUGGCUCGAAGAUCGUCUGCGAAAUGCGAUUUCGAUUGCUAUGGGUGGGGAGGACCUUCGAGACGAUAUCCCUGUUAUCGUGACAGAAGCGAUUGCCCCUGCACGUUCCCUUUUCGACUUUCAGUCGAGCAUCGCUAUCUCUCUUUCUGGCAGAGGCGGUGGAGCUCAGAGCGCUGAAGCUAUUGCGGAAGGCCUGUUGAACAAUCUGGAGAAUGAACGACAGCUGCUGGAGCGCGUCGUCUCUCUCACUGGAGUCAGUGGAAGAGGGUUUAUCAACUUCAGAUUGUCGUCCAACUACCUGGCGUCUCGCCUUGUUGACAUGCUUCUGAAUACCGAAUCAGGAAGUUGCUUGGGAUUUCAAAAGGUGGAGACCCCCGAGCGAAUCGUUGUGGAUUACGCAAGUCCCAAUAUCUGCAAAGAUCUGCAUGUUGGGCAUCUUCGCUCAGCUGUCGUCGGCGACACUCUGGCAAAUUUGCUCGAAUUUGCCGGCCAUCGCGUGUUUCGGCACAACCACCUCGGGGACUUUGGCUGGCCUGUCGCCUUGGUCUUGGGCGCCUUAGCAGACGCCGAACUCCGCGAACGACCCGACGUUCAGGCUCUCAACGAAGUCCUGGAGCAACGAAUUCGAGACGAACUCGAACAUAAAGAGGGAGAAAGAGCACGCGAGGAAAGCGAAGACGAAGGAUCAAAGCAGAACGAACAAGAAAGAAAAGGAGCCGCCAGAGAAGGGAGCAAGGAUGGAGCAUCUGGAAAAGGAGGAAAUCGUAAAGAAGCAGAAGCCAAUCCAGGAGUUGACGAAGAGUUGCAUGUUGACUGGAGAGGCAUCUAUCAGGCUGCGAAAGCGAAGGCGCAGAAGGACGACGUUUUCAAACGUGCAUGCGGCACAUUGCUCCUACGACUGCAAACAGAAAAAAACUCUGCCCUUUCGCGAACUUGGGAGGCGCUCCGCCGUUUAUCUCUCGAGAACUUCGAGAGUGUAUAUCGGCUUUUGGGUCUCCAUCGUCAAGAUGUUUUAGGCGAGUCGUUUUAUGCGCCGCUAAUUUCUCGUGUGUUACACUUUCUGGAAACUCGCGGUCUCCUUCUCUCGCUUCCUUCGGGUGCUCUUUGCGGCGCUUUGACCGCCCGCGAAGCGGCAGCGGAGACCACUGCAGGAGCACAGACCAAGGAGCGGGAGAACAAUGGCAGCAGACUCGAACAUGACAGGCAAAAUCAGAGACCUGAAGAAGGGCAACACGCUCUGAAUGACGAUCGAGAAAACCGAGAGCCUCGGAAGGAGAGUGACUUUAGAAAUUUCGUAGAAGGACGAGAGGGCGAACAAGAGGGUUACAAAGAAGUACAUGCGAAGGAAACAGAGUCGUCAAAGACAGAGGGCGAGUGCCCAGGAUCUAACGAAGAGAUCGGCUUUUCCGGAGACAUUGUCGUUCUGAAGAAGCCGGGAAACGCGGUCACAUACGCCGCCACAGAUCUUGCAGCAAUCCUUUACAGGUCUGCGUCGCUACAGGCUGACCGCGUGCUGUACGUGGUUGACAGCGCACAAGACUCGCAUUUUAAGCGCGUUUUUUCUCUCGCGCGUGCAGCUGGCAUUGCCUCAGCGAUCGGGGAUGAUCUGCGUGAAAUGGGAGGAAAGAACGGACAAGCCACUACCAAGACGGCGCCACAGCCGAGAGGGCCCCCAGACGGAGUGAAGGCCGAGGAAGGCGACGACGAGAGAAGCGCCUGGGGGGCGAGACGUGGAGACGAGAAGGCAGGUGACGGAGGCAUGGGUGUCUCCAUAUCUGUGUCGCGCUCAAGUGAGAGAGAUGUCGAGAGAAAGGACGCCUUGGAACCCAGAGAGCAGCCGACCGUUGCCGGGAGAGAGCACCGUCGCCACGGCGGUGCAUGCAAGAAUCAAUGCCUCCAUCGAGACAGUCCAGGCACCCAACUCGAACAUGUGAUUGUUGGACUUGUGAAAAACACAGAGGGAACGAAGAUGAAGUCGCGAGAAGGACAGGCACCGCAUCUCGCCGGUCUUCUCCAGGACGCCAUUCGCCAUGCCGAAGGCAACCUUGGAAGACGGACAGACGAUGGUCCACUCUCUGUCGCGCCGGAUGCGGGGAGACCAGAGGAUCGCCACACCAAGGCCCGGAUCCUUGGCAUUGCCGCCGUGAAAUACGCAGAACUGAGUACAAGGCGAGAUGUCGAUUAUGUGUUCUCUCCUGAAAAAGUGCUAAGCCCCAAAGGCAACACGGCGCCUUAUAUUCUCUACUCGUUGGUGCGCGUGAAAGGCAUUCUUCGCCGCGCCGGCUGGGCUGCUGGCAUCCCAUCCGAACUUCGGGGCAAACCGAACCUGCUCUCCGACAUGGUUUACCACCUCCACCGGAACGACCUUGAUCGUCAGCUUGGUGUGCGGCUGCUGGGAUUUGCGAUUGCCAUCGAAGACGCGAUUCAGACACUGAUGCCAAGCAAGCUGACAGCGUAUCUGUAUUCGGUGUGUUUGCUUUUUAAUGCGUUCUAUGAAGAAUGCGAAGUCACCAAAGCCACUGACGAGGGUCUCCGGCUGACAAGGCUCCUUCUCGUUCACGGGGUUCGACAGGUUUUGGAAAAAUGCUUGGAUCUCCUCGGCAUUCAAGCGGUUGAAACACUGUAA